UCCCUGAGACCAGGAGCACAGCGCAGGGCUGCGCCCCGGACCCCCAGAGCGGUCCAAGGCCCCAUGGAGAGUGCACGGAGAUCAGGCCGAAGGGGCCGGAAGCUGGGCUCCAGCCGCCGGUGGCAGAUGAGAGAGCCAGCGGAAGGCCAGGAGGCCCCCGGGACCCCCGAGCUCUGGUCCCCACGGGCCACGGCGGAGCUGCAGGCCUUCUUCCAGCACUGCGGUGCCCAGCAGAGGAGCUUUGUCACCCGGGAGGACCUGGCGGAGGCCAAGUUCAGCUUCCUGGGUGGCGAGGAGCCCCGGAUGAUUUUCGACUGGGUGGACACGGAGGGGAAAGGCCGCCUCUCCCUGGAAGAAUUCGGCUCUGGGCUCCGAAACAUCUUUGGCUCCGACCUGAGUCCCCACAAGCUCCAAAGAAGACCCCCGCCCUCUCAGCGGGGGGCUGGAUCCCCUGGCUUCCCAGAGCUGGAGGAGGCUGAGCCCCAGGACAAGGAGGCAUUCGUGGGCCUCGUGGGGCAGCUGGGCGCUGACCACUUCCUUCCUGAGCAGGCCGAGAUCUGGCCGCUGUGGGGGGAGCUGCGGCGGGGGGAGCCCCAGCUGGCCCACACCCUGGAGGGCCUCCUGGCCAAGAUGAGCCUCCACCUGCAGGAGGCCCAGGCGGACAGGGAGGCCCUGGAGCGGUCACUGAGGACGCGGGGCUUUGACCACCAUCGAGAGGUCCAGCAGCUGCACCAGGAGAUGGAGCAGCAGAUUGCCAGGGAGAAGCAGCAGCUCCAGGCUCAGAGCGAUACCCGGGGCCUGGAUCUCAGCGCCCACAUGCAGGCCGUGCUGGAGGCCAAGGAGCGAGAGCUGCAGCGGCUGGCAGAAGGCCAGAGGGAGCUGGAGGCCCAGGUGCAACACCUCAGCCACACCCAGCAGGAGGCCAUGUUGGAGAAACAGCAGCUUCAGGAGGCUGAGCAGGACCUGGCAGGGCAGUUGGAGGCAGUGCGGGGACAGCUGCUGGUGACCAGGGGACAGCUGGACGCAGCCAGAGGCCGAGAGUCUUGGCAGGAGGAGGAGGAACACAGCCUCCCCAGGCCCCACGAGCAGCCCUCAGUGCCUCAGGCGGCCUUCCCUGAGGAGGCCCCCCUGCCUGGGCUAUUUGGGGACAACGAUGAUUGGAACCAGCUCCUGAGCACCUUCAGCAGCACCCCACACAGGGCCCCUCAACUCUCCUGGAGCCCGUCCCCAACCCGGAGAGCCACCUCUGGCCCCCAGACGCCCCGUGUGGUCAGGCAGAUCUCCAUCUCGGAGCUGGGUGCUCUGCCGUCUGGUCAGGAGCUAGCUUCAGAGCCAGACGCGGAUCUAAGAAACCUCCCGGGGGUGCCGCCUGGCACCCAGGAUGAGGAAGGAGUGGACCUUGCAGGGAAGGCCAGCCCAGCUCAGCCCCAUGGCCUGGGACCCAGUGAGGAGGAGCCAGGCCCCAGGCCCGAGCCCCACCUCCCCGGGGGGCUCCUAGAAGCCCCAGCUGGGAAGCCAGGGAGCUUGGUGGCAGCUGGAUUCAAGGUGCUCACUCCCUGGGGGGAUGGGUCCCCUCCCCCGCCCUCUCCCCAGGCUCUGGCUGCGGCCGGGCAGGAGGACGCCUUCUAUCAAGACCUGCCAGGCCCAGGGGCACAAGGGCUCAUGGGCCUCCCAGAGGGACCAGCUGAGCCUUCAAAGGGCCUGGGGUCUGUGGGUCAGACUCCUAGAGAGGGGCAGGUGCCGAGCGAGCCCAGCCUGGUGGGGCAGGAAGGCGGUGCUGGGGCCCUGGGAGAAGCCGGCAGCGGGGUCCUCCCCAUCCAGGGCCUGGAAGAGGAGCCCGGCGGGGAGGAAGGAAAGCCAGGGGACCCAGGCAGGCCGGGCAUGGCCUCAGAGCAGGCCGCCCAAUCCCUGGAAAUGGGGCCUCCAGGAUCCCCCCAGAAAGCUGCUCCGCCUGGGCCUUCUUCAGCUGAUGCACCACAGGCUCCAGGAGAGGCAGAAGCAGGACCCCAGGAGCUUGCGCAAAGCCCCUCCACCCCGGCUGAGUUGGAAUCCCACCCGGGACCCCCACCCCUGCCUGCUCAGUCAGACAGAGAACCCAGGGAGCCAGGGGCAGAGGGCAGGCCGGAAGACCCCAGGAUGGACUUGGGGGAGGCCGGGCUGACCACCUUCCCGGGGGACCAGCCGGCUGGUCCCCAGGCUGACCCUGACCACCUCUUCCACGUCAUCUUCGUGGGGGACUCCAACGUAGGCAAGACUUCCUUCCUGCACCUGCUGCACGAGAACUCCUUCGCGGCCGGGCUGUCGGCCACCGUGGGAGUGGAUUUUCGGGUGAAGAACCUGCGGGUGGACAACCAGCUCUUUGCCCUGCAGCUCUGGGACACGGCUGGUCAGGAGAGGUACCACAGCGUGACUCGGCAGCUGCUCCGCAAGGCCGAGGGCGUGGUGCUCAUGUACGACGUCACCUCCCACCAGAGCUUCGCCCACGUGCGCUACUGGCUGGACUGUCUGCAGGAGGCAGGGGCGGACGGUGCCGUCAUCCUUCUGCUAGGAAACAAGAUGGACUGCGAGGAUGGGCGACAAGUGUCUACUGAGGCCGGGCGUCAGCUGGCCCAGGAAGGAAAAGAUUCUAAAUGCUUCACUGAAGAUUCCCAGCCAAGCCAGGUGCCGGGGGCUCUCACUUAG